UAUCGGUAAAUGCACCGUGAGAUGUUAUGUUAUAGUGACAGAUAAUUGUAGCGCGAGUGUUUGUGUUAAAUAUGUAAGCCAUUUAAAAGAGUUAUUUUUGUUCAAGCAUUUUUAAUGUGAAGAACUUUUUCACGCCUGGGCGCCAUUUUGUGCCAAGCGCGACUGCACUCUUCUAGCUAAAGUGAGAAAAGUGACACCAAAACUCCGGAUCAAACACCUGAGACCAGUGAAGAGCACUGAGAGCAGUGAAUGACACAGAACCUCUAUGAAGCUGACGAAUGAUAAUACUGGUCAUGGCAUGGCACCUGGAAUGAAUGAAAUCAUGUCAUCCCUUCACAACCUGCCAAAAUUGAUUAAAUUGAUGAGGGAGUGUGUCCAGGAAUUGAUGUCCUCGUUUAGGGGGACCCCUUCAUCUGCAGCAUCAUCAUCUUCUGUGGACAGUGAAAUUGAUAUGGGGACUUUACAUUUUGGAGCACCCUCUGCCACUAGCCAGGGUGAGGAGCCAUCUACCUCCUCAGCCACACAGUGUCCACAAACUGUCUGAUCCUGAGGAUGAAGACCCAUUUACCUGUACUUCUCCCCAGCAAGACUCAGAAACGCCCAGAGCAGCAUCGUCUCUUGAGGAUGAGCCUCUGUGCACUGACCUGCUAACUGGCCUUCAGUUCUGACUGUGAGAAUUCAGACACAACUGGUUUCCAGGGGACCAAGUCAGGUACCAUCUGACUUUGUAUUCCCUGGAAACGACAGUGACGGAAGAAGUUGCCACCAUCAGUACUUCAGGAAGUCAUUGGGCGUCAUGAAAGCUAGAACCGCCACUGAGUGACAGCAGCAGCAACGGUAAUAGAGACAGCGAGUUUUGAGAGCAGCUGACUGGCUCUUUGUUGGCAGUUGCAUUCCUGACCUCCUUUGGGAGCUCCAUGCUUUAUGGCUAUAAUCUGGCUGUAGUCAAUUCGCCUGCUGUGUACAUUAAGGACUUCUACAACAAGACAGCGCUGCGUCGUAAUGGAACAGGACUCAGUGGGGAGACCCUGACCCUGAUGUACUCUCUCACUGUGUCUGUCUUCGCUAUUGGAGGUCUGCUGGGCUCCCUCAUUGUGGGCAUGCUGGUUACUCGCUUCGGCAGGAAAGGCACAGUGGUAAACACAACAGUGCUGGUGUUUAUUGCUGGUUCACUCAUGGGAUUCAGCCGGAUCUGUAAUUCACCUGAGAUGGUCAUCUUUGGCCGCUUCAUCACAGGAAUUCACUCAGGCAUCUCUCUAAGUGUAGUACCAAUGUACCUCGGUGAGAUAGCCCCUAAGAACCUGCGAGGCUUUCUGGGUCUUGUGCCAAGUAUCUUUAUUGGCACUGGAGUCUUCACCGCCCAAAUCCUCGGCCUUCAUGAGCUUCUAGGAAAGGAGGAGCAUUGGCCCCUCUUUCUUUCAGUGGUGGUGGUCCCCACCUUCAUUCAGUUGAUGCUGUUGCCGUGGUUCCCAGAGAGCCCCAGAUACCUGCUGAUUGAAAAGCACAAUGUCCACGCCACCAUCACAGCCCUGAAGUGGUAUAGAACCAAGUGCAACAUCCAGGCUGAGAUUGAGGAGAUGCAGGAGGAGCAGCGCUCUCUAUCGUCAGUGGAGACACUGUCAGUAUGGAAACUGUUGCUGGACGACUCAGUCCGCCUGCAGGUGCUCAGUGUGGUGGUCAUCAACAUCGGCAUGCAGCUGUCUGGCAUUGAUGCGAUCUGGUUCUACACCAAUGAUAUCUUUCAGAAUGCUGGUAUCCCAGCACCAGAGAUCCAGUAUACCACAGCAGGAACAGGAAUCAUAGAGAUCAUCGCUGGACUCAUUGGGUGCUUCACCAUAGAGAAGUUGGGCAGGAGGCCUCUCAUGAUCGGGGGUUUUGCAAUGAUGGGGAUCUGCAGUGCUGGAAUCACAUUAGCCCUAAUUUUACAGGCUCAUUUAUCAUUCAUGCGCUACAUUAGUGUCUGCUGUGUGGUUGGGAUCAUCGCUGGAUUCUGUAUCGGUCCAGCUGGGGUUCCUUUCCUGAUCACAGCAGAGCUAUUUAAACAGUCCCACCGUCCAGCUGCCUACAUUGUAGGAGGAUCACUCAACUGGCUGUCCAAUUUCACAGUGGGCUUCGUCUUCCCAUUCUUACAGAUGUCAGCGGGGUCUUACUGUUACUUGGUGUUUGCCACCAUUUGCCUGUCCGUGGCCACCUAUGUCCAUUUCAUUAUCCCAGAGACUAAAAAUAAGACUUUUAUGGAGAUCAGCAGGAUGUUUUCUAAGAAGGAGGCAGUCUUGGAGACCCAGGGCCUGACACAAGGGGACCAGCUGAAGCUGAAGAAGAUGAAUGGCUAUGGUGGUGUUGACCAUACUUCACUGGAGUUUGACAGCUCUUCUUCUGUACCUUAACUGAGCUUCAGCAUUUGACUGGGACUAGAAAUGCAUUAAUUACUUCCUUUGCUCCCUUCUACUGUUAAAUACAGUACAGAUUGAGUAUUUGAACUUCUUAUGAUUUAAUGUUUCAGUCUGUUUGAGCCAUUAAAGGAAAUCCCAGUUCAUUUAAUUUUGGGUCUUUUUUUAAUGGGUUUGGCCAAUCUUAUCAGUUCUAAUAACUUUGUAUUCACCAAGGUUAUCACUGAGAUCUGAGACCAUAGUGACUGUCAGACAGUCAGUAAGGUUGGAAACAAACCUAUACAAAUGGUCGGUUAAACUUGUUUGGGGUCGGGGCGCCGCAUAGCUCAGUCGGUAGCGCGCGACCCAUGUGCCGAGGCUCUGCAGCGGACCCGGGUUCGACUCCCGGCCUGGGUCCCUUUGCUGCGUGUCACUCCCCGUCUCUUACCCUGUUUCCUGUCCAAACUCUUCAGCUGUACUGUCAAUAAAGCCGAAAAAAGGCCAAAAAAAAAAACUUGUUUGGGGUCAAAAUCUAAACAGUUCACUGACACACUUUU